UCUCCUUCGCCAGUGAUGCCCAAGACCGAUCCUGACUGCACAAAGUACCACAGGGUAGUGCAAGGUGAUACAUGCGAUGGGAUCGACAGGCAACACGGCAUCACGCUGGCCGAAAUCACGCAUUGGAACCCCUUGGUCGGUCCAGACUGCACGAAUCUCUGGCUAGGGUACUAUGUGUGCGUCGAUGCGCCGGACAAGCCUAUCCCCAGUACAGAGACGGUGCUGUCGCCGCUGGAGCCAAGCACAGAGCCGAAAUGCACCAAGUGGCAUCUAGUCGAGUCGGGGGAUACAUGCUUUGGUAUUGAGCAUGAUUAUGGCAUCACAGAUGCCCAGUUUCAUAAUUGGAAUCCCCUUGUUGGAACAGAUUGUGCUGGUUUAUGGCUAGGGUAUUAUGUUUGUGUG